AUGUCUGGUGAGAUCAGGUCGGGUCAGUUCAGGUCAGGCUGGGUCAGGUCCGGUAACGUCAGGUCAGGUCGGUUAAGGUCAGGUCAGGUUAGGUCGGGUCAGGUCGGGUGGGGUAAGGACAGGUCAGGUCAGGUCGCGUCAGUUCAGGUAAGGUCGGGUGAGUUCAAGUCAGGUCGGGUCAGGUCGGGCCAGGUCGGGCCAGGCCUGGUCAGGUCAAGUCGGGUCAGGUCAGGUCAGGUCAGGUCUGGUCGGGUGGGGUUAGGACAGGUCAGGUCAGGUGAGGUGAGGAAAGGUCAGAUGAUGUCUGGUGAGGUUAGGUCGGGUCUGGUCAGGUCAGUUCAGGUCGGCUCAGGUCAGGUUGGGUCGAGUGAGGACAGAUCAGGUCAGGUGAGGUCAGGUCGGUUCAGGUUGGGUCAGUUCAGGUCGGGUCAGGGCAGGUCAGGUCAGUUCGAAUCGUUUCGAGUUGGGUUUGGUCGGGUCGGGUUUGGUCGGGUGAGGACAGGUCAGGUCGGCUCAGAUCAGGUCAGGUCAUGUCAGGUCGGGUUAGGUCGGAUGAGGUCAAGUCAGGUUGGGUCAGAGCGGGCCAGGCCUGGUCAGGUGAUAUCUGGCGAGGUCAGGUCGUGUCAGGUCAGGUCAGGUCAGGUCGGCUCAGAUCAGGUUGGGUCGGGUGAAGACAGGUCAGGUCCGGUGAAUUCGGGUAAGGUCGGGUCUGCUCAGGUCAGGUCGGGUGAAGACAGGUCAGAUCGGUUGAGGUUAGGUCAGGUCGGGUCUUGUCAGGUCAGGCCGGGUCAGGUCAGGUUAAGGCCGGGUCGGGUCGGGUGA